GGACGACGUGGCAGUCCAGUCAGCGUGACGGGUAGAGCGAGCGAGGUCACUCCGAGGUAAGUUGCGCGAUAGACUCGAGCGCCAUGGUAGCGCCUGGUGAUAUGCGCCGAGAGCUCUCGGGCUCGACGGCUGCUCCUCUGACCAGGCGGUCCUCGGCUAGCUCGUCCACGACCAAAGUAGGGAGUGACUAUUCCAAAGAUGGCUACAGCUCGCUCUCCGGCAAGGCAGCGUCUGCCAAGAAUCCCUCAACCUUCUGCCGUUGGGUCACGCGAGCGAAUCAGCAGGCCGCGCCAGGAUCGAUCACCGGCCUCGGACGGUCAUACAGUGUCGCAGAUGACCCGGACCAUCACUUCUUCCAGCGCGGUCUCGGCAGGCUCGACGACGGCGAGUCCGAUUAUGAGGACGACGACGAUGAGGAGUUUGGUCUCGUCGAUCUCGGCUAUGACGACGGCAUGCCCGUCCACGCGAACAACAACCUGAAUGCGUUUCCGACAGGUCAAGACAAGGCGCCAGAGGACGAGGAGGUUGGCGCAGAGCUCAAGUUUGCCCAACUCGCGCAAUGCAUCUACUCUCGCCCUAAUCAGUCUUUCGACAUUCGACGUGGCUCCACCGGGCUCGAGACGCAGGAUGACCAGCAGGGAACUGAUCCUGAGAAUCUUAGCGAGACCGAAUCCGACGAGACGGACGCGAGUCUCAACGACGCUGCCGAGCGGUACGAAUGGCAACACCUGCUCGGCCAUGUGCUCGAGGGAGAGGUACUCAAAUCUGAGAAGUCCCGCAUACAGUCUAAGCUGGCCGACCAAUCGGAAGACGUGGACAAGGAGAAGGAACGCAUCGCAGAUGAAAUAUGGCUCAAAUUCAGAGCUCAUGUUCGGGGUCGAUCCAUCGAGCAGGAGCUCGCGUACCUAUCCGAAGCGCGUCUACAGAUUGACGAGGUCACUGCGGACUGCCUCAGCUUCCGAGUCAGCGACAUGCCUGGCUCAGAUCCGGAUCGACAAGUGGAAGCCUUCAUCCGUCGUCUGGAUUGGUGCGAGUCACUCUACCCUAGCAUACGUCGACUGCAAGAGGCGAAAGCAGUGCCAGAUCAGGUCCACCAGCGUGUCGAUGCCUUGCUGAGUUGGCGCUCCAUUUCGACACGGCUCAAGACUCAGAUCCGCAUCCUUCAGCGCUGGACAGGCAAUGAACGCCUUGAAGUCACGCGACCCCGGAGACAAGCUCACGACGGCACAGAGUUUAGCCCAACGGGUAGCAUGAGCAUACCAGAUACUUCCGUGGACUCUGAUCGCAAGAAGAUCAUCGACACUUCUACCUUUGUCGAGCGACUGCUCAAAGAAGACUCACUCACCAAAACCUUUGGCACACGCACACUUCAGCUGCAUAACAGUCUGGUGACAGCAGCCCGAACGACGCUUGUAGCGCAUCACGAGCUGAUCGUCGAGAUGAAUCUGCCAUCCUUCAUGGAAGACCUCGUCACCGUUGCUGCAUUUCCUGCUUCACUGAUAUAUGAAGCGCUACGUUUGCGACUGGAAUACGUGCAAAAAGUCAAUUUCAACGACAACCCUUCGAUCGUCUUGAUCGAUCAAAUCACAGACGGCUUCAGGACUUCGCUAACGCUCGCCUGUCAGAUCAAGCAGCUCUACAUUGCCAGCUCGCAACCCUUGCCAGAGAUCGGCUGGAAGUUGCCUGAUCUCGAGAAAAUUUACGACGAGACCUUGUUAGAGACACUCCGAUUCUUCUGCAAGCUGCUCCAUUGGAAGCUCAAGUCCGAAUCAAAGUCGAUGUAUCUCAAGGAGACGGAAAUCGUGGAGGGCGAAUGGAAAUUUCUCACUGAUCUCAGUGGCUCGCUAGAGCAGAUUCAGGGCGGUGAUAUGCUUGUUGCAGAGCAUUUCAGCAUGUUGACACACCGACUUAUGCAGCGCGUAGUCAGCUACUUCACAGAGCAGCUCGAAGUCUUACGCAGUCGGCCAAUGACGGACACUGAUAUGACGCGCUGGUUCAGUCAGACCCUUGACAACGUUCGUGUGCGCCACAUCAAGCUCAUGCGAUUCGGUCGCUCGAUGCUCCAGAGAUUCACCAACAGCUCUGAAUACUACCUGGACGCAGUCGAUGUCAAGCUGUUCAUCAAUGCGCUCACAGAGACAGACCAUUUCUUCGUCUACACUGGUGUCUUUGAGGCUCAAGGCAUCUACAUCGUUGCCACACCAUCCCUGCAAGACCGACCGGAUAUGGUUCGGCGUAUCUUAACGCGCUGCUUCAGCGUCAUCAGUGCAUCAGAGUCUGCCGCUUUGACGCCGGAAGGCGAUGAGUAUGCUGACUCACUGCCUGCCGGCCCAGCCUACAUCCUACUGCUCACGCCGCGCGAUCCCUUCCUUUGGUCCGGCCGAGUGAUGAAUCUCGAAAUCAACAAGCUCGAUUUGGAUCUACCAGAGCGCCGCGUACGUCUCGUAUGCGACGGCAGACCGGAGAGCCUGUUCCAGGCUCGCCUGCAUCUGCUCGAGCAAUUUCCGAUCUUCCGGUCACAGGUUGCUUGCGAGCGCAUGGCUCAUCUUGCAAAUGUCAACCGCGAGCUCAAGAAAAUCCGGAUGGCCGGGGCAAAGCUCGUGUCCGGCAUCGUCACCGCCGUCGACCGUGUUCGUGAGGUGACGAAGCAUACAGAGGGUCAAGAAAUCUUGCUGGCGAACUAUUUCUCAUUCGCUGCCGAUCUCGGUCAGCGCUCUGUGCGCAACAUGGAGCCUCGCUUCAAGGCGAAACUCAUUCCGCAGCUAAUCGAGCUGGCCAUCAAAUGGGUUGCCUUCAUUUCAGCCGAUUGCACGCCAUCCGAUAGCAGAACGUUCAAGUGGGCGGUGCAGGCGCUCGAGUUCGCGAUGACAAUGACACGCGGCGACAAUAUUCUGCGCUUGGACACGGAUGAUUUUGCUCGACUGAGAAGCGACGUCGCCAACUGCAUGACGCUGCUCAUCUCGCACUUUGAUAUCCUUGGAGCCAGAUCAAGCUUCGAGAUCAAGAAAGACAAAGAGAAGGAGUCCGCGGCGAGCGAGGAGAUGAAAGCUCAGAUGCGCGAGAGAUUGCUUCGAUUGAAGACUAUGGCAGCGAAGUGUGAGCUGACGAAUUCGAAAGAUGCCCUACGCGAUGCCGGUUACCGAUCGCUCUUCGAAUCGAUGCACAUCGUCGCUGACCGGUGGGCCGAGAAUGCCCGCGAGCUCGACGAACAACGGCAGGCGGUUGACAGUGAGAUGCGCAUGAUCGGUCAUGUGCUCGACAAGAACCGUGCAGAAGAUCGCGGCCUACUAUUUCUUGCCGCUUCAGCUUCGAAUAUCUCCAUUCGAUGGCAACAAGGCCGGUACAUUGGAGGUGGUACCUUUGGGUCUGUCUAUGUGGCAGUUAACCUCGAAUCCGGAGAUCUCAUGGCGGUGAAGGAAAUACGCUUUCAGGAUCUGGCGUCUGCACCUACGGUCAUCAAGCAGAUUAGAGACGAAAUGCUGGUCAUGGAGAUGCUGAAGCAUCCCAAUAUCGUCGAAUACUACGGGAUUGAGGUCCAUCGCGACAAGGUCUUCAUCUUUGAAGAGCUCUGCCAAGGUGGCUCCCUGGCAACGUUGCUCGAGCAUGGUCGGAUCGAGGACGAAAGCAUCAUCCAAAUCUAUACGUAUCAGAUGCUGGAUGGCCUCAUGUAUCUACACACCAAGAACAUCGUGCACCGCGACAUCAAGCCGGACAAUGUCCUGCUCGACAAGGCCGGCGUCAUCAAGCUCGUCGAUUUUGGUGCUGCAAAGGUGCUUGCUCAGAAUCAAAAGACGAUGGCAGCUCGGUCCAGGGUUGUGAAUCCCAAUCCGACCGGACCUGGCGCCCUUGGACCUAACGGCAUGCCCGAGCCCGGUCUGAACAGUCUGACAGGAACGCCCAUGUGGAUGUCUCCAGAAGUCAUCAAGGGCGAGAAUCGUGGUCGAAAGGGCGCGAUGGAUAUCUGGGCGCUUGGUUGCGUCGUCCUGCAAUGCGCGACUGGCAAGCUGCCAUGGGACAAGCAGGAUAACGAAUGGGCCAUUAUGUUCCAGAUUGGCAUUGCGACUAAGCAUCCGCCAUUGCCCGAGCCGCACGAAUUAUCCGAGCUUGGGAUCAAUUUCAUCAAAGAGUGCCUCAAUCUCGAUCCCGAGAAGCGCGCUUCGGCUGCAGAGUUGAUGCAGCAUCCAUGGAUGCGGCAAUUCGAGGCCGAAACUGGUCAAAGCUACGCGGACGAAGUAGGAGAAUCAGAGGAUGAGGAGUCACCACUGGCUCGGCGAUCAAAACGAGCGGAAGCAUCCGCCUUAGAGGUCGUCGGGGAAGAGGACGAGGAGUAUGUCGAUUCGUUGAGCGAGGAGCCUGCAUUUUCCUAGGGCGGUACCACGGCGUGUAAAGGCAUCUGUACAUUGCACACAAUUCAUACGACACGGGCAAAUUGCCGAGCUGGACCUCGUGUGCCUCUAGAGAUUGCAAUGUGUGC